CUACGUCUCAGGCGCACAAAACUUCUCGACCUUGAUCACCCUAUCACUGUCCAAGCUCGCCUACAGAGACAUCCGCAGCGUCUCACACUCACGUCAUGGCAUCCACCAAGGCACAGUCCACAAAGGCUGCCGGCAAGCGAGCCGCCAAUGGCACUCAGCCCGAGCCCGAAGCUGCCAUCCCAAUGGGAAAGCUACUAGCUUCCACAGAAAAGAAGACGAGAGACUCUGCAAUCAAGUCGCUCUCUCUGUUCUUGGCCAAGUCAGGCGAGGAGCCCAUCCCGCCCCUCGAGAUGGCCAAGCUAUGGAAGGGAAUCUUCUACUGUUUUUGGAUGUCAGACAAGCCACUGGUACAACAGGCUCUCGCUCAGGAGCUCUCUGACCUGCUCUUGAGCAUCCCAGGCUCAUCCAAGGUACCGGCAGCAGUGGAGGGUGUACAUUCUGAAGAUGCUGAGGGGAUGUCAGCCAGAGCCAAGGGCGGAUUGGCCUUGCUCGAGGGCUUCUGGACAGCAAUGGGUAGAGAGUGGUCAGGCUUGGACAAAUGGAGAAUCGACAAGUUCUACCUGCUGCUACGUCGCUUUGUCAACGCUGCCUUCCGUUUGCUAGCUAGCGAGGACUGGAAUGAAGCAGCCGUCGCACGCUUCGCAGCCCUCACCGUCAAGACGGGCGGGCCCCUAUGCGCCAACGACGUUCAAGUUCCAGCAGGCCUGACCUACCACAUGACGGACGUCUAUCUCGACGAGCUUGAGAAAGCCCUGGUCUGGGCCGAAUCACAAGCCGACUCCAGCUCCACUUCCAGCGAGGCUGCUCGCGCUCCAAUUCUCAAUCUCCUCAAGCCUAUGCUGGACACAGCCUCUACAUGCCACUCCAGUACAGUGUUCGACAAGGUACAAUCCAACGUUCUCGAGCCCCUCUGGGAGGACUGUCUCGCUGCCGAUGCCCAAAGUGCCGAGCGAGCAGCGAAGCGCAGGAGGAAAAACGGGAGAAUGGUGCAGCCCACCGAGGCCGAGGCGGAGCAGGACGAGGGCGAUGUAGUCUACCCUGCCAUUCUCAGGAGCUCGGGGAUGACGCCAUUGAAGCUGAGGCAGAGCAUCUUCAAGGAUCUCUUUGAGAGCGCAAGUCGGGAAGAGGCAGUUCCUUCGCGGAGGAGGAAGAUCUAUGCUCUGUGGCAGCAGGAGAAGGAGAGGAGAGAGAAUGCUGGGGAGGACGAUGAGGAGGAGGAGGACUAG